AUGCUAUAUAUGGUAAAACAUCGUAUCCCCAGACAAAAUCCACCCCCAACUUACCCGGCAGCCUCAGCCAAAACAAGAAACCGUACCCGUAUCACAGGAUUUAUCCAGCAAAUUCCGUGCAAAACCGAACAGCACCUUGCAGCGCGAAUUGUCGAGAACGGAUUUGAACGGGAAGGACCGGGACGCGGGGAUUGGCCGGGACUACAAGUGCAGUUCAUUGAGGGAUGGCACCAGUACCAUCCACCACAUGUGAUGCUUCCGGACAUAUCUGGUUAUAACACUGCUGCAGAUUUGAGCCAAAGGUCAGAGAUCAAGAUUAUUGCUACUUGA